AUGUCUGACAGCUUUAGUCUUGAGAAGCUUGCCCAGAAUAUUGUGGCAAAUGGUCCCCAUAGAGCCGAGCCUACCCCACGUCGUGUCCGUGGUCUCUUGAACGGAAAAUAUGCGUUCGACACCAUUGAAGCAUACCAUGUGUGGGAACACCCAUACUAUCCACAAUUCUACGUUCCCGUUGGCAGCUUCACAUCCGACGCUUCGCUCACGAAGCUCUCUUCUGUAAAGGGCACCAAGGAGCAAGCCCACUUUGCCAGUCUGUCUGUUGGCAGCAAAAGCGCAGAGCACGUUGUCAUCUUCAAUACGCCACAACUGAAAGACCUAGUUAGGAUUCCAUUCAACGAGCUGGAUCAAUGGUUCGAAGAGGACGUGCCAAUCUACCAGCACCCGAAAGACCCGUACAAACGCAUCGACAUUCUGAAGUCGAGCCGGCACGUCAAAGUCGCCAUCGACGGCGUCACCCUCGCAGAGAGUUCAAGUCCGCUCUUCCUGCUGGAGACAUCCCUGAGGCCCCGCCAUUAUCUCCCGCCUACCCAUGUCAAGUGGGAGUACUUGAGCAAGAGUGAUACCGAGACGUAUUGCCCGUACAAGGGGAAAGCGAAUUAUUACCACGUGAAUGUGAAUGGGAAGGCGUAUCAGGAUUUGGUAUGGUAUUACACAUAUCCCACCGCCGAAAGCGCCCCAAUCGCCGGCCAUCUGUGCUUCUACAAUGAGAAGGUUGAUGUAUGGAUUGACGGAGUGAAAGAAGGGAAAUAG